GAAAUCGUCUGUAUAGUCUAUGCCGUACAUUGGUAUAAUAGAUUUUCAAUCUGUGGUCCAUCUCUCUCUUUGUCUAUGGCUCCCCGAUCAAGCAGCCGUGUAAGAUUGUGUCGUCCCCUUUAUUAUUUUAUUAAUUAAUGUUUUUACAUACAAAACUUAUUUUAAAUAUGUGCUUGCUAUCUCAAAGAUCGAUGUAUAGUACGAUAUUAAUGUGAUGUUAAUAUACGCACUCAUAUGCCAUUGCGUUAUUCAUUUACCGUGAUCUCGGUUGUAAUCCAACGCCUGUUUCCCUGUGCUCUCGCUCCUCAUAUUCCUAACAGGUUCAGGGCCUAGACACAAAAGCUUAAGAAAAGCUAAAAGGCGUUGUGAUAAUUACCAGAUUACCCGAGUUACGGUCGGCAAUGGCGCAACCAGGGACGACUGCAUGCACGUGCGACAUAACCUCCAUAUUCAGCUUAGUGAGAUUGAAAGGCUUGGAAAAAUGGAUUAAAUGGUAAUUUGCUGUGAUAAUGGUGCUUACCCUCGACGGUUUAUGGGGCUGCGUCGGUGGCACAGACACGGAUACGACAAAUGAUGGACGGGCUUUAGCAAAAAUGUGUCUGGCAUGUGAACCACACCUCUACGUAAUCGACGAUGAAGAAACUGCUGAGAUUCUACUGGAGGAGUUCACUGCACUAGUGUCUAGCCUUGAGACGGCUAACCUCACCAGCACCUUGACCAGUGAAGUGGUCAAAACUAGACUACUUCAAGAAGAUCACAGACGAAGCCAAUGUAAUUGUAACACAACAGACAACUUAGCCUUUAUGGCUACCAGGAAGAAGAAAACCAACAAUAACAUAUGUACUUGCUGUCAGAACUGUCAGAAGAUAGGCCACUGUUUUGAGAAGAAGCGAGAAGAAAUGAAGAAAACUGGACAGGAGCACACUAUGUCUGCUCCCGCUUACUCAGCAACACAUUCCAAGGAAUAUGUGCUCGACAGCGGGGCUUCGGCUCUUAAGUCUGGUGACUUGUCUCUACUUCAUGAUGCCAAAAAUAAGAAAUGUGUGAUCACAGUAGCCAAUGGACAGCAACUUAAUAGUGUAGUUAUUGGUAAGGCUUUUAUCUCUCCUGAAUUGACUCUAAAUGUGCCAUAUGUGCCUAAUUUAGGGAAAAAUUUAAUGUCUGUUAGUGAAAUUACUAAAUCCGGUUAUGUUGUAGUGUUGUCAAACAAUUACUGCAAUUCUAAUAGUACAAUAUGUCAAAUCACAGGCAAUCAGUCAUUAAUUGUUAAAAAUGAACUCUUCAAGUCUAAUGUAGAUGUGCAAACUGGACCUGACCCCCUAUUAGGUAACUCUAUGUCCCUGUAUAGACAAGGAUCCACGAGUGCCAAUGCUGCUGCUGCUGUGCCUUUUACUUGGCACAAGCAUUUAGGUGUGAACCAUGGUAUGUCUGUACUAGGUGGAGGGCAUGAGUGUUGUGUCGUAUUUCAGGCUGAAGACGGCGUGAUGGCUCGGUGCAUUGCCUGCCUUACUUGGAAGAUGUGUGAUACAUCGUUUCCACAGUCAAGUGCAGAGCGUGCUGCCAACCUUCUGCACCUGGUGCUUUAUGACUGUGCCGGACUGGUUCUUAUACCCAGCUGGGGCGGAGCUCAGUAUUUGCUGACAUCUACCAAUGACAAAUUAAGAUGUAUCUUCAGCUGCUUUCUGAAGAAAAAGUCUGAGAGGAGGAUGCGUGCUCAACAGUGCAGUCCCUCUGUCUGGCCUGUAUCGCACAUCUGAAGAUACCAUCGAGGAUAGCGGCGAGGAUGUGGUGCUGUGUAGCCCCGUCACCUUUCUACCGCAACCUUCUGCAUCUUCAGAAUUUGUGAGCCGAUGUUGGUGGAAGUGUUUCUUGUUCCGACCAAAUCUCGCCCAGUGUGGAGUACCUGAGGUAUUUUCCCGAAAAGGUUUGAUAAUUUCCCACAUGUCAUCUCUUGGCUGCAGCAAGUUUAUCAGUUUCAUCACAGGAGCCGUCUACUUUCUCCGGCCGUGUAUUCACAUAAAAUACAUGAGUGGAUACGGUGCCAUGGAAGGUAUUAGCUCUGUGGUUAUUUUCAACGUGUAGGAGUUAGUCGACCGCUCACACAGUUGACUGCCCUCAGAGUUUGUUGACCAUCUGUUGAAUGUUAUUUUUGGUGGAAACAUUUUUUUUUAUGUUCUUACAGCCACUAGGCACUUGUUGUUACUUAUCAGGUUAUAGUUAAAAAGAGGAAAUUGAUUAUUUUGAUACUUAUUUGCCUGUGGUUUAGACAUUCAACAUCAAAUUUGGAUUAUUAUUGCAAAUCAGUUGGUUCUGAGUAUGAAUCUUAUUGACGUUACCACGUUUUUUUUUGGUGAGUUAGUUAAAGAUCUGGAGCAGCCAACCGGUUUCCAAUAUUAGUAAUAACAGAUAUUUACUUAAAAAUAAAAUGUAUUUGUAGCUAGCCACAAACAUAACUAGCUUGAGCCCAAUGUUAAAUAUUAAAAUUUCCACAUGUUGCUCUCAAAAACAGAUACCUAAUGUACAUACAAAAAGGAAUAUGAGCUAUGUGUAUGUCAGCUGUUACCUAUAACAUGCUAUUAUUGGCUUAUGUAAUAAGACUGAGUACACAAUUAUAAGGCUGUAAAUAAUAUUUGUCAAUGAUUUUUAUGUUUUUUUUAAUAAUAAUUGUAUUCAGACAGUUACAUCAUUGCAAAAACAGCACCUUGAAAUACGUCAUCUUGUAAUUUAAAAAAUUGUUUAGGGAUGAACGUUAUUAUGUACAAUAAUGUAACUGUUUUAAACUAGCAUGAUUAUAUAUACAUAGAGGCUGCUUGAGUGCUACAAAUGUAAAUUAGAAAUGAGAAAAGUCUACAAGCAUGAUGACAAUGUUUAUACUUAAAUAGUUGCCUAUACGACUACUAGGCUCACUUAUGUUUUGUGUCUGCUGUACUCGCCCAGACAUUUUAUAUCUGUGUAGCCAGUCAAGUCAGUUCAGUACAUGUUUAUGAUAGGAGCCAUUGGCGGACUGCAGGGCGAAUAUUGAGGUAUUAAGCCAUUACAAUCAAUUGUGGUCUUUAUUUCGAAAUCAGAUAAUACCUUGAAAUAAACGUUUUUCAGACGCUAAUUGUAUUUGUGACAUAACUGACCGCAAGUUUUAUACUUGCUUUGUAGUUCAACUUUAUAAUAAUGUCAUCAUUUAGGAAGCUAGGAAACAACUAUGUGUUGCGCUUUCCUGUACAAAGAGUAAAUUCUUUGUUUUUCUAUUGUAUGCAAGGGCAUGUGCUUUAUCAAGAAUUUCUUGUUAGAAAUAAUUGGUAAACAAUUCAAUGUCAGUGUGAUCUAUGAUAAUCAAAGUGCAUAGAUGUUGUUAGUCAAAGAAUCCUAUAGUAAAACUAAAGAUGUAGACUUGCGGAGAAUAUUGUGUUUAGACUUAAUGCAUGAAGUAAAAAUUUGUGUAAAAUGCUCAUGUAAGUACUGAUGAAAUUUGUAAAAUCUGAAACUGAAAUGUAUAACUAAAUACUCGGAGUCAUAGCUGUUGUUGCUUGUUAUGUUCAGAGUAAUCAUCAUCAUACCAGUUAGUUUCUAUUUUAUCUUGUUCAGUACUUGUUCAAUAUUCUAUCAUGGUAUCCUGUUGUAAGAUUAUCCAAUGUACAACAUAAGGAGGCGUGUUGGAAAUCGUCUGUAUAGUCUAUGCCGUACAUUGGUAUAAUAGAUUUUCAAUCUGUGGUCCAUCUCUCUCUUUGUCUAUGGCUCCCCGAUCAAGCAGCCGUGUAAGAUUGUGUCGUCCCCUUUAUUAUUUUAUUAAUUAAUGUUUUUACAUACAAAACUUAUUUUAAAUAUGUGCUUGCUAUCUCAAAGAUCGAUGUAUAGUACGAUAUUAAUGUGAUGUUAAUAUACGCACUCAUAUGCCAUUGCGUUAUUCAUUUACCGUGAUCUCGGUUGUAAUCCAACGCCUGUUUCCCUGUGCUCUCGCUCCUCAUAUUCCUA